UCAAGCCGAGAAGCUAGCUCGCUAGCAGUCAGUUGAGUACAACCGGGAGUUGCAGACAACAAGUUUCCGGUGACAACGACCGUGUCUUACCUCAUUCCACCUGACUGCACCUUUUAGUGACGGAGAGAGAAACAUGUCGGCGACUUGUGCGUUUGUUCGCGUGCUUGUUGUCGUUUCGACGUGAUCGACACUUGUGCUAACGUUAGCUUGUUAGCGGUUGUUUACUGACCCAGCCCCGCCGCUGUGGCUCUGCGCGGACUCCCACUGCUACGAUCAGCUGUUUUUAAAGGAGGCUCUCACCUCUACGAGCGAAAAUGUUCCUGGUGGGACUGACUGGAGGCAUCUCCUCAGGGAAAAGCACGGUGUCUUCGAUGCUGCGGGAGCUCGGCUGCCCCGUUAUUGAUGCUGAUGUCGUGGCCAGGAAAGUCGUGGAGCCACACACUCAUGCCUACUCUCGCAUCGUCUACCACUUCGGGCCGGAGAUCCUGCUCGACAACGGGGAGAUCGACAGGCAGAAGCUGGGUCAGCUCAUCUUCGCCGACGAGGAGAAGCGGAAGCUGCUGAACUCCAUCACCCACCCGGAGAUCCAUAAAGCGAUGCUCAAAGAGAUCCUUUUGUACUUCCUCAGAGGAUAUCGCUAUGUAGUGCUGGAUGUGCCUCUUCUCUUCGAAACCAGACGUCUCACUCAGUUUCUGAACCACACUGUUGUGGUUUACUGUGACCCUGCCACUCAGCUAUCGCGCCUGAUGCAGAGGGACGGCCUGACCCAGGAGCAGGCCAAGCAGCGUGUGGCCGCGCAGAUGCCGCUGAAUGAAAAGCGAGGCUUGGCCAAUCACGUUAUCGAGAACUCGGGCAGCCGCGAGGACGCCCACCGCCAGGUCCUGCGGCUGCACACAAAGCUGGAGGACUCCAUGGACUUCCUCUUAGUGAGGGUCAUUGCUGUUGCUGCCACCGCCGGUCUGAGUGGUAUACUGCUCUUUGCAGCCAAGAUGCUUUUGUCCUAACAGAGGAAAUGUGAUGGGUUUAAAAGGGGUUCGGUCAGAGGUGUGAAUUAAAAAGCAGGCAGGUCGGAGGCAACGAUGCAAAUUACUGUGAGAUUAGUUUCACAGCACCCGCCACAACAGCUCAGUGGUGCGACGCGCUGUGUUGGCAGUUAACACGGACUCACAUUGUUAACAUAACUGACGAAUGUGGUUUGGUGUGAAGGAUCCCUAUGUGCAAUUUUUGCUGGGUUUUACUGUGAGACACUAAAAUAUGAAGGUGAUCCCUGAGAGCCGUAGUUUCAGUACAAGCUCCCCUUCGCAACCUUUACUCUGUGAAGGGGAGAUUGGAAAAAAAAUCUUAAUUUUAACGCAGCAGCAAACAAACAUCUAAUAUCUGUAAAACCUUCAAACAUGAUGGAUUGGAGAAACUAUGAGAUAUCAAGUAUUUGGUCACACCGUACAGUGUUUCCCCUACCAUUGAAUUGGGGGGGGCGUAUAAGUCAAAUAAAUUUUAAUCAAAAAUAAAUUAAAAUUCUUUUAGUAUUUUACAUAUAAUGCCAAGCAGAAGUCAUUUAUGGUCACUUAACUCAUACACCAUAUUCCUCAUUCCUGUAUAAAAAAUUGUGGAUGAAAUGUGAUUUGUGAAACCUAACGACCCCUAAUACUAACACCCCCCCCCCCCCCCCAAAACCAGUAAACCUAGGGGAUAAGCUGCCAUAUGACGCUGCUCAAAUGUAGACAUUUUGGGUGAUUGCAUGGAUUUAAAAUAAAAAAGAAGCGGAGAGAGAAAAGGAACAAGUAAAAGACCAUAGUCACUGUUCUCACUGUAGUUAUUAUUUUUCUGCACUAACUCUCACUUUGUGUUUUAGCACAAGUUGCCAGUGCUGUCCCCCAGUCACGGAGUGCUCAGUCAGAACGCUCGAACGCUUAGAGGAGAUGCAAUGAUUGAAUGAUGAGGAAGAUUCACGACAGAAUGUAUCUGACAAUCCAUUUUGUAAUGGGAACAGUGUGAAUUUACACAAAUGAACAGAUGAUAUCUAUCAUUAUAUUUUCUUACACUUGAAGCUGUCCUCUGUAAAUACUACGUCUGUGAUUGUUUUCUGUUUGUUUUCCCCUUCACUGCACACUCACUUGUAACAUUUGUAAUGUUAGCUGCUUAACUGAAACAUGAAUGAGCCAACACCACUGUUUUAAAGGAACAAAUAUCGGAUGGUA